AUGAAGUCCCUCGCCGCCCUCGCGCUCGCCGCCUCGGUCGUGGCGCUGCCCGCCGAGCCCAAGGGCCAGACCAUCAGCGUGCCUAUCCGCUACAACCGGAACGCCGUCCGGCCCAGCGCGUCGGACGCGCUGGCCACGGCCGCCAACAAGUACGCCGGUGCCGCCGGUGGUCUGUGGUCCAACGGCGACGGCUCCGGCACGGUCAUCACCAAGCCGACCAACUCGGUGGACCGCGCGUACAUCACCGAGGUCGAGAUCGGCACGCCCGCGCAGAAGCUCUUCCUCGACUUCGACACAGGCUCCAGCGACCUGUGGGUGUACACCAACGACACCAAGGCCGGCAUCGCCAACGGCGUCACGCUGUACCAGCCGGGCGACAGCUCGACGGCGCAGCGGUUGUCAGGCGAGACGUGGAAGAUCUACUACGGCGACGGCACCUCGGCCAACGGCGUCGUCUACAGCGACGUCGUGUCCAUCGGCGGCCUGGCGGUGCAGAACCAGGCGGUCGAGUCGGUCAUCAGCGCCGACUCCUUCGGCAUGAGCGGCCUGCUGGGCCUCGCCUACGACGUCGGCAACACGGUCAAGCCGGACCAGCAGAAGACGUGGUUCUCCAACAUCAAGGACUCGCUCAAGGCGCCGGUCUUUACCGUGCGCCUCCGCCACCAGGCCGACGGCUCCUUCGACUUUGGCUACAUCAACAGCUCGCUGUACACGGGCGACAUCGUCUACGCGCCGGCCUUCACCGACAAGCUCGGCCACCGGCUCUUCGCCGUCGACGGCUACUCGGUCGGCGGCGGCUCGGUCGUGCAGACCGGCUUCAACGCGACGGCCGACACGGGCACCUCGCUGCUCAUCGUCAGCAACGACGUCGCCAAGGACUACUGGUCGCAGGUCAGCGGCAGCUCCUCCCAGGACGACGGCAACGGCGGGCUCAUCUUCUUCUAUCCCUGCGCCUCGCUGCAGAACCUGCCCGACUUCACCCUCAGCGUCAACGGCAACACGGUCACCGUGCCGGGCAGCUUCAACACGUACCAGCGCGGCACCAGCGGCAGCUGCGAGGGCGGCAUCGUGGGUGGUGGUGCUGGUGGCAUGGCCAUCCUGGGUGACGUCUUCCUCAAGGCCAUCUUCACCGUCUUUGACGACGGCAACAACCAGGUCGGCUUCGCCCUGGGCCAGUAA